UCCGAUUUAUACUGUUCACAGUCGAUUUGCUACGCCACUGCCGGAAAUUGUGUCGAGGUUUAUUGUUUAUUCGUUUGUAGUUUACAUUACGUUUUGCGAAUUCGUAGCUGGUCGGUUAAGUUAUAGAUGAUCCCAGAAUCUAGAUCCGUAAUAUUAUUUCAUAUAAUUUUUCAAUAACAAAACGAUAAUAUUAUCACGGAAUACAGUGGUAAACCACUUUGUCCGCGCUCGAUUGUCAUUCUUUAUCAAAGCGCACCGUUAAUACGUGAUAACAGAAAAUAAAAUCAUUGUUAUACAACACUCAACCGAAAAUGUUACGCUGCUGCUGCUUCUGUGAAACCAGCUUUUUGUUUUGUUUUCGUUAACGGUAUGACUACAAUUUAUUUUCGUUAAUCGUUUUUCUUAAAUUGUCUCCAGUGUCCUUAUAUCUACUUGUGAAUUAUAUUUUUUUUUUAAAUUGUCUACAAUUUUUUACUCUAUCGCUUUCCCAUUUUAGACUGAUUUUGCGCCAACCUGAGACUAAAAAUGACCAUUUUCUUUCUCGUUCCAUAUAAUUGAAUUAGAUUUUGAACAGUAAUCAAUUUACAAUGGACGUUGGAAUGCACACUACUAUUGGAAAUAGAAUGAGGAUGUGGCCGAAUCGUCAGAGAAUAGGUUUGCGCACACGAUCAGCUUCGGCUGGUCGAGACAAACGAUCUGGUGAGUUUAAUUCUAUAUUCUAUUUUUUUAUUAUACAUUUUAUUUAUUACAAAGAUUAUAUUUCCAUUAAAAUUAUUUUUAUAAUUUGUAGAACUACGAAAUCGGUCAUGGGCGUUUUUGUUUGACAAUUUACGACGCAACAUUGAUGAAAUAUAUCAGAUAUGUGAGACUGAUGAAAAUGUUUAUGAAUGCAAAGUCAGUAGUUAUCUACUAAUAUUGUUAUUAUUUCAUAUUGAUUUAAUUCAUACAACCAUUAUAGUAUGUUCUUAUGAAAAUAUUCAUUUUUUAGGAAGCAAUAAUGGUUUUACAGAAUUAUAUACACGAUUUUCAUAGUCUGGUUGAAUGGUUCAGACUCAAGUGGGAAUAUGAACAUACUGAUCCACCACAAAGGCCAAAUUUCCUUGCUUGGGAGAUCCGAGGUGCUUCUCCAAGGAAGGUUAGUUUUCAUGUUAUUUUUGUUUACAUUUUAUUAUUGAUUUUUGACAAAUUAUUUAGAUGCUCCAAAAGCCGCCAAGUAUUUCACCUGGGUUAACCAAAAGAAAAUUGGAACUUCUCUCUGAAUCAAUAACUAGUGAUAUAAGUACAUUAAAUUCUACUCAAUUAGAAAAUGAUGAAAAUGUUAAAGAAAAUAUUUUAAUUGAAAAGUUUUAUACUAAUCAAUGUUGUCAAACUGACUUUGAUUCCUCUGUGAAAGAUAUAGGUUUAGAUACUUCAAAAAAAGUGUUUAAACCUAUAACAAAACCAGUUACCAAGUCUUUAGUUCCAGAUUGCAACCAAAGGAAAAAAAUCCCGGUUCUUGUUCCUAAACCCGUGAAAGUAGAUGUAAAAGAAAAAGCAAAAACUGAUCUGGUUAAAAAACCAUCUACACCAACAACUCGCUUAACAAAAAUAACUACAACCUCAAAUAGAAAAACUAUUGAAAAUUUGAAAAAUAAUUCUCCGACUGUAAUUGUUAAAGGACAUGUUAAUCAAAAGUUAGAGGAAAUUAAAAACGUUUUGAAUGUAAAAGAAGAUUCUAAAAACCUAAAAUCCUUAAAUAGUACAACAAAUAAUUUUGUUGAUCACUUAAGUAACAGUGACAAUAAAGUCAAUUCAAAAUCAAAUUUAGUUAAGUCUAAAAGAAAAUCAACUGAAUCUAUAAAUGUAGUCAAUAAAGUAACUGAAAAAUCUGAUAAAUUAAUCCGUUCAAAAACAUCUAUUGAUAUGAAAGUCCCAAAAGCAUCGAAGCGUGGUAUCAUAAAAGGAAAUGAUGGAUGGGAUACUGUUAUUCGGUCUCGCCGUAGUAACCCAUUAACACAAAGUUCAAGUAGUAUUAAACUCAAAUCACCAUUUGAUAUAAAGAAACGUUUUCAAGUACCAUCUUCUGCUAGUUCCAUGCCCAUUUUAGCUUUAGAUAUAGAAUCCAGUCCAGAAGAACCAAACAUUAUAAAUAUUUUGCCUGAUAAAAAUGAUCGGCCUAUCAUUUCUAAUGCUGUGGUGUUCCCCAAAAAAAAACGUAAACCUGAUAAGCCACCUGUUCCAAAAAAUAAAAUAAUUGAUCAGAUGAGGAAAGAAAUGUUAAAAGAUGAAAUUGAAGAACGUCGAAUGUGUGAUGAAGAGUUGAUGCGCAAUAGACAAUUUUUUGAUGAAGAGAUGAUGUUGGCUAGAGAAAUACGAGAAUUAGAAAAUGCUGAAAGUAGUUGCAGUGAUGAUAUGACACAAUCAGAUCGUUAUUCAGAUCUUUUAGAUAAUAUGAUAUUAACAGAACGAAUGUACACAAUAAAUGAGAUUAAAGCAUUGAUACAAUAUGGGAAUGAAAGUGCUAUUGAUUCCAUUGCAAUGCCUUCAUGGGAUAUAAGCAGGUCUACUGAAUCAAUGAAACAAACUUAUAGUGCAAGACAAGCUAAAGCACAUCAAAAACGUCAACAGUUGCUACAAGACAAAUCAACUAAAGUGCGUGAACUUCUUAAAAAGGUAAUAUUUUUUUCAUUUUAAAAUUAUUAAUUUUAUUAUUAUGAAAAUUAAUUUUAUUCUGAUUUUAGGUUGGUGAGAGAAAAACAUUACAGAGUCAAUUAAUUGAUGAAAAGCGUAUAAAUAUAGAUAAAAAACUUAAACGGGCUGCUGAAAACCGUAAGUUACACUUACAACAAAUCCAAAGAAAAGCACAUGACGAAGAAGAAAAACUCCGUGAAAUAGCUUUCAUUAACGAACUGGAGGCACAAAAUCGAAGACAUGACAUUCUUACUCUAUGGCAAGAACAAGAAGAUAGAUUACAAACAUUGUUAGAAGAACGUAAACGUAAUCAAGAGCGAAAAGCAGCUAAAGAAGCAGCUGUUGAAGAACGUUUAAAAGCAUUAGAAGUUGAACGACAGGAACGUAUUGAACAGAUACUGGAGCGAAGGCGAAUAAAAGAAGAGCGGAUUGGUCGAGAACAACAAGAAAAAGAAAAAGAAAGGCUUGAACAAGCUAGAGAAAAAGCUAAAGAAAGAGAAAAUAAAUUAACAGCACUAUAUGCAGCCCAAUUGGCUAGUACUGAAGAACUACAGAAGAAAAUUCAACAAAAACAAAAGGAAUCAACCAAGCGGCAUGAACAAAACAUUGAACAUAUUAGGCAACGAGCUCUUGAGUUAGGUGUCCAGAAAAAUGAUAUUGAUAUGGACAAAUAUUGCCCUUCUUGUGAAAUAUUGGUAUGUGUUUUGAACAAUUAUAUUAUAAUUAAAUUGUAUACUUGAACUAAAUCAUUAUAAUUUUGUAAACAAAUAAAAAAUCAGGGAUUUUAUGUAUAUAAAAAAAAAAAAAAAUUGGUGUCCAAACCAUUGCAUUAAUUACUAAAUAUUAUUAUAAUUUAAAUAUUUUAUACAAUUAAUUUAUAUUUGUAUAAGACAAAAUAAAGUAAUUUUUUACAUCAAGGUGAUACAAUAUUUAUAUAUAAUCUAUGUUAAUUCCAUACUUUAUUUUUUAUUUAUUUAUUAAUGGACAUAAGCUCAAAUUCAUUGACAAAUCAUAUGUUAAAUUUAAAUUACUGGGAAAAAUUACGGCAUAAUAUAUUUCCCAAGAAAAAAAAUUUAAGUUAAUAGGCUUCCGUGUUUUACUCAGAAUUUAUAAUUAGGUUUUACAUGUUAAAUUUUUAGUUUGAAUCAGUAAUUAUAUUGCAUCAUCAUCUGCGGACAAAAACUCAUAAGGAACGUAUAAAAAAGAUUAAAAAACAAACUAAAGUGGAACACUCUAUAGUCAAUAAGUUUAAGCAAGAAGUAAAAAAAAAGAAAUUGAAAAGAGUGAGGUCUUUUGAUACUCUUUCAUUAGAUACCAAUGUUACUGAUGAAAAAAUUGAUAGUAAAUUAAAAAUAAAGAACAACCGUAAACGUUGCAUGAAGUUACGGCAUAAAAUGUUGACUAGGUAAUAUUAUAAUAAUUAUAUUUUUUUAAUAAUAUAACAUAUAAUAUUGUUUCUAAUUUUAUAGGAGUAAAAAAUUUGAAGAUAAUUUGUUAAAAUUAGAUACACCAGCAGACAAAACAACUAUAGAGAACUGUGUUAAUGCUAUUAAUAAACAUGUGAAUGAAUUGCAAAAUGAACAAUGGUCAAAAAAUGCUCUAAAAAAUCUGGAAACAAAGUUGUUAUUCUUGGAAAAGCGAUCAAAUGAAAUUCCAGUAUGUAUAAUCACUAUGAUUACAUACAGUGUUUUUAAUAUUUGUUUAAACUUUGUUAAAUACUUUCUAUUAUUGUACUAGAUUAAUUUAAAUCUAAUUUUUACAGUCAGUUCUAUUAAAUUAUUAGUUAAUUAAUACAAAUUUAAAUAAAAAAAUAAUACUGGUCCCUAAUUGUUUUUUUUUUCUUAUUCCAGGCCAAAGAUUUCCAAUCAUUAAUAUAUCGAAGCAAUGGAUUAACAAUUUUAAAUAAAAUACUAAUGAUUGGCUUAAAUGAAGAUAAAGGUGUGAAUACUUCAGAGUUUCUUACCAAGUAUGUUUAAAAUUUAAUUGGCCUUAAAAUAAAUAUUUAUUUAUAUUUUUAAUUUUUGUUAAAUUGAGGAAUAUUAAUGUAGUUAUUUAUAAUAAGGAUUAAUUUGUAUAGUAAAUUUAUAAGUCAUAUAUUUGUUACAUAUUAAUCUCUGUUUACAGAUAUGUAAUGAAGGUGAAUAAAUUAUUUUUAAAAGUGUGCAAUCGUAAUGAAGCAAAUUCUAAAAAUGUGAUGUUUUCUGAAAAUAUUUUUACCAUAUUAGAUUUACUUACAACAGAAUUAAACGUAAUUAUUAUAGUUCAUACUAAUAAUUAUUAUAUAUUAAAUAUUAUAAGCUAAUAAGCCAUUUUUGUUUAUUUCUUUAGAAAAUUAUACCUGACUCUGGAGUUGAUAGCCAUUUUAAAAUUAAAACUCAAGCUGAUUGUGCAAUUAGUGGACAGUUAUUAGAACUGUUAACAAGUAUUUUCUUAUCAUUUAAAAACACUGAUCAAGAAGAUAAUGAGCAUGUUCAUGACUUAAUUAGGUAAUAAUAUGUUAAAAUGAAUUAUAUUUUGUACUCAACAUUUUUUAAAAAAUAUUUCAGUUAUAUAUGUUAUAUUGGAAUACUAGACAAGAUUGUACAAUUUUUCACAUUGGUACGAGAUAGUUACCCAGAAACCAAUAAACACAUGACUGAUUUUAUGAUUCAUUGUUUUACCUUUAUUGGCAGCCUUGCAGUAGUAAAGUAUAAAGUUUAAAUUCUAAAUAAAAAUAUUAUAUUUUAAUCGUAUUGCAUACAUUUGUUUAGCAUUGGUGCAUUAGUUAAGAAAUUUGUUGAAAUUCUUAAAAACACUGAGUUAUUAGGUGUAAUGCCUUUCUUAUACAGUGUAUUAUUACGUGGCGAUUGCAGCGUUAAUGGGCUAGGGCCAACAGAUUUAGCUGCUGCUGUAUUAAAAGUUACCAAAGCUGUAUUUACUAUGUUAACAUCAAUUGCUAAAAUGGACCCAGAAACAUUCCAAGUAAAAUCCGUUAAUUCAUCUUUUUUCAAACUUAAUAUUCACAAUAAAUUAUAUUAAUUAUAUUUUUUAGGAAGUACUUAGAGCCGAAAGUUUAUCAGUUCAAUUUCGGCACAUAGCUAGGUAUUUGUUAUGGUUUUGUUCAGAAAAACCAGAUAAUAAAGAAAUUUUAAAUGAGGUCAUUGUUGCUGUUGGAUAUUUUACUUUAAACAGUCCUCAGCAUCAAGUAAUAAUUUAUUUUAGUCUAUUUAAAAUAUAUUUAAUAUGUUAUUUUUUUUAAAAAAAAAAAACAAACAUUUUUGCUAAUUUAUUAUUAAUUAUAGUCGAUGCUACAAUCUGGACAAUCUCCAACAGUGCUACAAUUACUGUGCACUUUACCAUUCCAGUAUUUCAGUAACCCUGUGUUAACUUCAAUACUGUACCCUACUCUACUGGCAUGUUGUUCAAAUAAUACACAUAAUAGAGCUUUGGUGGAGUCAGAAAUAUGUUUUGACGUAUGUUUUAUAAAUCCAUAUAUUUUUAUUUUGUACAUAGAUUAUAAUCUUUGGUUAUUCUGUUACCUAAUUAAACAUAUAAAACUAAAUUGCAAAUAGUUAUAUUAUAUGUAUUAUUUUACAGCUACUUGAAGAAUUUCAAAAAUCUGUUCAAAAUCAGAACAUUCAAAUUAUUCAAUUGAUGAACUAAAAUAAUUAUUUGUUCAUCAUACUUACCUACUUUUUGAAAUCAAUUCAUUUCAUUCAUCUAAUACUUAAGUAAAACAUGUUUAUGUAAUUAAGUUUAAGGGUACACCAACAAGUGGAAUAAUUAACAUACUAGUCUAUUAACCUUGUGAUAAACAAAAUUAUUAUUGUUUAGUAUUUAAUUAUAGUUAAGCUAGAGAUGAUACUAAUAUUUGAUCAUUAUUGUAGACAAAACUACCUAAAUCAUUGUUGUUAUUAUUAUUAUUAUUAUUAUUAUUUUAUUUUUGUGGUUUAUUGCAAUUUAUUUAGAUAUGUAUUAUGUUAUCCAAUCUAUAGAAAUAUUUUAGAAAAAUAAAGUGGUUAAAUGGUG